GUUUAGUUUUUUUUUUUUUGUGCGAAAUCGGAAAGAUGCUCAAAGUUCCGGGCAAUUCUCCACCCAUAGAAAAAGAAUCCUUCUCCUCCGAUGUCGAAGACGUUAAGGGGUAUUGUGGGAUAAAAGCCAUUGGUUGUACUCCCGCUGACGAACUCAUAGGAAAGGUGGGACUCCAUUGCUACAAUUCUCACAAGGGGACUAAUUUACAGUUCUUGACUGUAACCCAACUCUUUCUGCGAGCGGUUUCACAUGUCAGUUAUACUAUGACAUUGGAUGCCUUUGAUCCAGCCAACCAUUCUAUUCAUAGUAUCGACACCGGUGUUUGGGAUGCUUCUCACCGGAAUGGUGAGAACUUGAGAUUAAUCACCACUUAUUGCAUACCUACAGGAUCUGACGAAAGCUGUCCCCAAUGGGACCCAAAUGGUGUAGACGUGCUCUAUACUGGUCUGAUGCCUAAGUGGCUAGAUGAUGAUGCACUUACAGGAAGCCAUAAGCUACACUUCUAUGAGGUUAAUCGUUCGGAUUUGCAAGAGAAUGCAUGGUUUCAUCUAUAUGCUCAAGUUGCUGCAUACUCUAAGUGGAAUAUUUACAUGGUGGAUCAUCUCCCAUUGGAGACAAAGAAAGUGGUGGUACAAACAAAGGAAGACAUAGAGUCAAGUUUGAAGUUGAAGUCGAGCAAUGCAAUCUUCUACUUAAGUUUCAAGACUCGUGGAGGUGCCGAGUACAAAUCCAUAAUAAGGCAAACCAGGGAUGGAAGACCACAACACAUGUGCCUUGAAGUUAAAAAUGUUGAGAUGGACAAGUAGACGACAAAAGUGUUGUGACUUUUUUAAUAUAUCAUGUUUAUGUCCUUAAUUAGUUGGGUUGGGUGGUGGUAUUUGUGUGUUGUCCUUGCGACUUUCUUCAUCUGCAUAUAUAGAAUAUUAUUAGAA